AUGAUGAGAACUUCAGCAUGGCUUGCACAGAUGAUCCCUCUGGCAGCCGUCUGUUCUGCCGCGUCCUCCAAGCGAGGCCUCUGCUUCACACCGAACCCUAGCUACCCGGACGACAAUAAGGUCUGGGUUCAAUCUGGCAGCGAUCUGAAGUGGUACUACAAUUACCAAAGUCUACCGUCGCCGGCAUAUGGCGCGUUAUCUCAAGACCAGUUCGAGUUUAUCCCCAUGAUGUGGGGUGUCGGGCCCAAUCCUAACGAUACCUCCUUCCUGAACGACGUCAAGAAGCUCAUUGACCAGGGUACCAAGAUCAAACACGUUUUGGGAUUCAACGAGCCGGACACCAUACACUCAUAUGGUGGCAGCAAUGUCAAGCCUGCUGAUGCAGCUCUUGCGUGGGUCGCCAAUUUCGAGCCCCUUGGCAAGAUGGGCGUGAAGCUUGGUUUGCCGGCAUGUACUGGCGGAUUGGGAAGCUUACCAUGGCUGAAGCAGUUUUUGGGAAAUUGCUCGGCCUUGGUCAGCACUGGCAGCGAAAAAAAGAAUUGCACGUGGGACUUCUUGCCAGUCCACUGGUAUGACAAUUUUGCCGGGCUGGCUUCCCAUAUUGGUGAACGUCGCGCAACUUGGCCGGAUGCGGAGAUUUGGGUGACAGAGUAUGCCUAUGCGCAUCAAGAUCUCUUGGCCACGCAAGCCUUUUACAACCAGUCCCAGGAUUACUUUGACAAACUCGACUACAUAGGUCGUUACUCCUACUUUGGCGCGUUCCGCUCCAUAUACUCCAACGUGGGAGCAAACGCGGCCUUCCUCAACGGCGGCGGCAAAUUAACAGAUAUAGGAUCAUGGUACCUUGGCUUUGGCGCUACCGGGGUCAGUCCGGACAGCUCCGAAGCUGUCCUCGUCGCUCCAGGCUUCCUUGUUACAGUGCUCGGCACGGCCAUUGGUCUCUUUGGCAGCGUUUUAUGA